GCGGAAGGACGCUUAACAUCAGACCUCGACUGAAACAUUCUCAAAGGAUUUUGCAGACACUUUUAUGGAAGCCGAGGCUGCUGUGGUAAUGCUGCCUCCCAAGAACUGCAUCCUCAGAAACUACAGUUGUAUCGCUGGGCUGUUCGGAAGCUUGACAGUAGCAGAGCAAAAGCUGGAGGACGGAGAAGAGAUGGAGGGAGAGGAGGGCAAGAAUGGGGACUGUGAAUCGUUAGAAAGCAGCGUAGUGAAUGAAAAACCGAGAGGAAGGGAGUCAUUCCUGAAGCCCCCGCAUAGCCCGACCCAGCGCCGCAGGUGCAAGUCUCUCCCCACAUCAGCUGAAAGAGCCAAAUUAGAGAUCGCACGAAGCCGGAGCCCAAGCAUUCAGAAAAAGGUACGUUUCGCUGACUCUCUGGGCCUGGACCUGAUUUCUAUCAAACACUUUGAUGACACGGAUAUGCCUGAGGUACCAGACCGCAUUAUUGACAAAUUCAAAAAAGCCAGAGCUCUCCACCUGAACAAUUUCGACAAGUCCAACACAUCAAGUCAGUCCGUGUUCAUGGAGCUGCUCUUCACAAAUCCAGGAUCCCUGCCAGACUUCCUUGACAGAGUUUCUGCAGUGAAGGUUUUACUGGAGUCUGUUCAGGCUGAUGAGUUCAGCCUCUCGGGGGUCGUACGGGUUCUUAACUUGGCUUUCCAAAAAAAGGUCUAUUUGAGGUACACCUUAAAUAACUGGACGACAUUUAUGGAUAUUCUGGCUUUUUACGUCCCCCAUUCCAGCGACGGGCAGACUGACAAGUUUAGCUUCAAAAUAAUCACCCCGACCUUUCUGGAGGUUGGAGGAACGCUGCAGUUUGCCAUCAAGUACUGUGUCGUGGGAGGUGAAUUUUGGGACAACAACAAAGGGAAUAAUUACAGAGUAAGAAGGCACAUAUUUAAAAUUUCUCCUCCGAGGGAAUGGGAAAACGGCUGGAUCCAUUUUAUUUAGUGCGCGCUUCAGCCUUACCGCUAUGGCGAUGCUUGCUCAUGAAUAUUAAUUUGGUGACUUCCAUCGACGAAUUGGCUAAGUAAUAAUCAUGAGCCAAUUCUUCGCCAUAGUAGGAUUAGUAAUCUCUCCAGCAGUGUACCCUGACUGACCUUCCAUGAAAAACGUAUGUAGCAUACCAGCACAUAGGCUAUUCAUAAAUGUAACACCGCGUUGUCUGUGCUAUUGUCAUUGCUUAAAUAAUGGUAGAGCAUGGGAAAUUAAAUUAAAGUCAAAAAGGUAGCCACUAACAUGCAACAUUAGGCAUAUUUCUAUCGUUGUAAUACACUGAAUGUUUAACUGCAGUACAUGUAAGG